UCUCCUCCUCUCUCUUAACCUCUUUGUGAAUGGAGCAGCAGUUCGGUGAGCAUUAAUGGAAUAGUUGUGGUCAACUGCAGAGAGAGAGUAGCUGUAGCUUUUCCCUCCUUAUCUCUUGUUGUUAUUACUCCAUCCGCACCCAUUUCAAGAUUUCCUUCAUUAAGACUUGCAAAUACCCAAAUACAGCACUAAAGCUUAAAGUUCAUUUAACGUAGAGUCCAAGAACCAUGGCUGCUGCAUGCACUGGUUCUAAAACCGCGCGUCUUCUCCUUAAAUACCCACAACAAAACAUCAUUCCUAGCAGAACCAAUAAGUGAAAAAAGUCAAACGUUUCCUGCUGCUAAUUUAUUUAGUCCUGUUGUUUGCUUUCCCUAUCUUUCUCUUCAUAUAUUCGACCGUGUCUCAGUUCAUAUCUCUGCAAUCACAGAUCAUGAGGAUGCUUAAAGGAUUUUUCUUAGUUUUGUUUGCUGUAACAUUACUUCUUUUAUGUUCAAGUGGUUAUGUGUUUUGCAAGAAUGAAACAGUAUCAUCAUCACCAACAACACUGAAGAUUCUUUUGGAGAUAAAGAAAUCAUUUGUUGAUGACCCAAGUAAUGUUUUGAGAGAUUGGUCAGAGGAUAAUCCAAAUUUCUGCAAAUGGAGAGGUGUUUCAUGUACAAGAAACUCACUACAAGUUGUAAGCCUAAACCUUUCUGGCUCUUCACUUAGUGGGUCAAUUUCACCUUCUAUUGGCUUCUUGCAUGACCUGCUCCAACUUGAUCUUUCUUCUAAUAUCCUCUCAGGUCCCAUUCCACCAACUCUUUCUAACCUUUCUUCUUUGGAAUCUCUCCUACUUUUUUCCAACCAACUCACUGGCCCCAUUCCCUCUGAAAUUGGUUUGCUGAAAAAUCUCCAAGUUCUCAGAAUUGGAGAUAAUGGCCUAACAGGAUCAAUUCCAAAUACUUUUGGUAAUCUUGAAAAUUUGGUCACUCUUGGCUUGGCCUCAUGCAGCAUGAGUGGUAUGAUUCCUCUUGAAUUAGGAAAACUCAGCCUGCUUGAGAACUUGAAUUUGCAGGAGAAUCAACUGGAAGGUCCAAUUCCAGCUGAGAUUGGCAACUGCUUUAGCCUUGUUGCAUUCAGUAUUGCACUCAACAAUCUCAAUGGAUCAAUCCCUGAAGAAUUAGCUAACCUUAGAAACCUCCAAGUUCUCAAUUUUGCUAAUAAUAGCCUUUCCGGACAGAUUCCUAGUCAGCUUGUCGAAAUGAACCAGCUGCAGUAUCUCAACUUGCUUGGUAAUCAGCUGGAAGGUCCGAUUCCCAAGUCCUUGGCAAAGUUGAGCAACCUUCAGAAAUUAGACUUGUCUGGAAAUAGGCUUACUGGUGAAAUUCCUGGAGAAUUUGGCAACAUGGGUCAGCUACAAUUCUUGGUUCUGACAAGCAAUAAUCUUUCUGGUAGCAUACCAAAAACGAUUUGUUCCAAUGCAAGCAGCUUGGAACACUUGAUGCUUUCUGAAAACCAACUUUCUGGUGAGAUCCCUGUGGAAUUGAGAGAAUGCAUUUCACUGAAGCAGCUCGAUUUGUCUAACAACACGCUCAAUGGUUCGAUACCAGUAGAACUGUACGAGUUGGUUGAGUUGACUGAUCUCCUCCUUAACAACAACACUUUGGUUGGUUCACUUUCUCCAUUGAUCGCAAACCUCACCAAUCUCCAAACAUUGGCAUUGUCUCACAAUAAUUUACGUGGCAAUAUACCGAAAGAGAUUGGGAUGCUUGGAAAUCUUGAGAUCCUCUUUUUAUAUGAGAAUCAGUUAUCUGGAGAUAUCCCUAUGGAGAUAGGUAACUGCUCUAGCUUGCAGAUGAUCGAUUUUUAUGGAAAUGCAUUCACAGGCCACAUUCCCAUCACAAUUGGAAGGCUGAAGCAGCUGAAUUUCAUUGAUCUUAGACAGAAUGAUCUCUCUGGUGAGAUUCCUGCAAGCUUGGGGAACUGUCACCAACUGAAGAUCCUUGAUUUGGCAGAUAAUCGCUUAUCUGGUAGCAUUCCUGCGACGUUUGGUUAUCUUCGAGCUCUGGAGCAGCUUAUGCUUUAUAACAACUCGUUCAAAGGUAAUCUUCCAGAUGAACUGAUCAAUGUUUCAAACCUGACAAGAAUAAAUCUUUCUCAUAACAAACUGAGUGGUAGUUUAGCUGCCCUGUGCAGUUCAACAUCUUUUCUUUCUUUUGAUGUAACAAAUAAUGCAUUUGAUCAUGAGGUUCCACCCCAUCUGGGAUAUUCACCAUUUCUUGAAAGGUUAAGGCUAGGAAACAACCGUUUCACUGGAAAAAUCCCUUGGACAUUGGGGUUAAUCCGUGAACUAUCCCUGCUAGAUCUCUCUGGAAAUGAAUUGACAGGUCCAAUACCUCCACAGCUUUCUCUGUGCAGAAAGCUCACCCAUCUGGAUCUCAAUAACAACCUUCUUUAUGGAUCCAUUCCUACUUGGCUUGGAAAUUUACCACUCUUGGGCGAGCUCAAGCUUUCCUCAAAUAAGUUCUCAGGACCUCUUCCUCGAGAAUUGUUUAACUGCUCAAAGCUUUUGGUGCUGUCUCUAGAAGAUAACUCACUGAAUGGAACUCUACGACUUGAAAUUGGUAAACUAAAGUCUCUAAAUGUCCUAAAUCUUGACAGAAAUGAGCUCUCUGGUCCCAUUCCAUCUACCAUCGGCAACCUAAGCAAGCUCUACAUGCUCCGGCUCUCGGGAAACACCUUCACAGGUGAAAUACCCAGUGAGCUUGGACAACUCCAGAAUCUACAAAGCAUACUGGAUUUAAGUUUCAACAGCAUCACUGGUAAAAUUCCUCCUUCUGUUGGGACACUCACUAAACUUGAAGCACUUGAUCUAUCUCAUAACCAGCUCACUGGAGAAGUUCCUCCUCAAGUUGGUGAAAUGAGCAGCCUGGGAAAGCUUAACCUUUCCUACAACAAUCUUCAGGGCAAAUUGUACAAACAGUAUGCACAUUGGCCAGCUGAUGCAUUCACUGGGAAUCCACAUCUUUGUGGAAGUCCUCUGCAAAAUUGCCAAGACUCGAGGUCCAAAAAUCAGGAUCCACCAGGACUAAGUAACUCAACAGUGGUAAUCAUUUCAGUGAUAUCAACUACAGUGGCAAUCAUACUUAUGUUGCUUGGAGCUACCCUCUUUUUCAAGCAAAGGCGGGAAGCCUUCAGAAGAGGAAUUGAAGUAAAUAGUGCUUACUCUUCCAGCUCUUCCCAGGGACAAAAGAGACCACUUUUUGCAAGAGCGGGUGCCAAGCGUGAUAUCAGGUGGGAUGACAUCAUGGAAGCAACAAAUAAUCUAAGCGAUGACUUCAUAAUCGGAUCUGGUGGGUCUGGAACUGUCUAUAAAGCUGAGUUGUUUAAUGGAGAGAUAGUGGCAAUCAAGAGAAUACCAAGCAAGGAUGAUCUGUUGCUGGACAAAAGCUUUGCAAGAGAAAUCAAGACACUUUGGAGGAUAAGGCACAGGCACUUGGUGAGGCUACUGGGGUACUGUAAUAAUAGAGGAGAAGGUUCAAACGUAUUGAUUUAUGAGUACAUGGAGAAUGGAAGUGUGUGGGAUUGGCUGCACAAGCAGCCGGCUAAUAACAACAGGAAGAGUUGCCUCGACUGGCAGGCAAGGCUGAGGAUAGCUGUGGGAUUGAUACAAGGGGUUGAGUACCUUCACCAUGAUUGUGUGCCUAAGAUCAUUCACAGGGAUAUCAAAUCCAGCAAUAUUCUGCUGGACUCUAACAUGGAGGCGCAUUUGGGGGAUUUUGGGCUGGCCAAAGCCAUUCACGAUAAUUAUGAUUCCUACAACACUGAAUCAAAUUUGUGGUUUGCUGGUUCCUAUGGUUAUAUUGCUCCAGAGUAUGCUUAUUCUUUGAAGGCAACAGAGAAGAGUGAUGUUUAUAGCAUGGGUAUUGUACUCAUGGAGCUUGUGAGUGGAAGGAUGCCAACUGAUGGGAGUUUUGGAGAAGACAUGGACAUGGUGAGGUGGGUUGAGUCGCGUAUUGAAAUGUCUGAAACUGCUAGGGAAGAGCUCAUUGAUCCUGUAUUGAAACCAUUGUUACCCAAUGAAAAAAGUGCUGCACUUCAGGUGCUGGAAAUAGCACUGGAAUGUACCAAAACUGCACCUGCAGAAAGGCCAUCUUCCCGCAAAGUUUGUGAUCUAUUGCUACAUGCAUAUAAUGACAAGGUGGUUCAUUCUGAUAAGCUGAGUCCAGACAAUUACGUUUAGCCAAGGAAAUUUCUUAAGGUUUGCAAGAUCAGAGAAGAUCUAUCUUUGUGAAAAAUUGAAUAUGUAAAAGCAUUGUUUCGGGCUAGGUUUAUUGAGUUCACUGUUAUUUGUUGCUAGUCUAAUGCCUUAAAACAUUUUUGGUACAGUUGAUGGGAAUAAUACUCUGACAAAUGUCUUAAUGUCAGAAGCAAGAAAACAUCCAUCGAUUAACAUAAUGUUAAUCAUAAACAAGAACUUUAACCGGUUCUUAUCAAUGGUCUGCCGCCAACAUACUUAUCCCG